AUGUCUAAUCACGACCACACGUUCCAAGGUCGCAAGAAGAAGCUUUCGGGAUGGGUCAGGAGAAUGAUCCAGCCGGCGAAGGAUGCCUCUGCAAGAAACCAGCUGGUGUCGGAUGAAAUCCUGGGAGAGGAGACAGAUCUGCAGGCAUCGACGGCAUCCAGGUCACCGAAUGACGAUGACGGCGUGUCUAUGAAAGUGCUGUGGGAUUCGGGCCCCGUCAGGGCUAAAUCGGAACCCAGGUCAAUCGAGCGCGACUCCGAACAGGAACCAGUAGACAACGUCAGCAUAACACCGCUGUUUUCAAUGUGCUCGUCAUCUGUCAAGUCUUCUACCUUCUCAGAUUCGUACUCUAUCCAAUCGACAAGAGCUACAGUGGUGUCGGGACGAACCGUCGAGACGAAUUCCAGCACGAUGGCGAUCCCGCCGGCCAGCAUCCUGGGCAGAACAAGAGCAUCCUCGAUUACAGCACCAGCAAGCAGCAAUUCCUCGGUAGGACCUGCGACGCCGACUUCGGUCGCCCAGCCGUACCAUUCGCACCACCGGCACUACCAGGGGCCCAGCUCACGCCCCAGCAGUAUGCGACAUAUCCAGAUCCAAAGAGACCCAAGCAGCGACACGAUCAACUCGUCGUCGACCAUCAAGUAG